AUGCUGCACAUGUGGCUGCAUGCGGCAUCAGUCCUUUCACUCUGGUGUACGACUAGCUCGUUGAAGCCUUCGGAUCCUUCGGUGGGUUGGGGCAACCAAACCUGGCGCUACCGGUUAUGGCGCGGUCGAGAAGACCUCCGCCAGCAAGCCACGACCUACUUUCACCAGGCGGCAAGGGGCUCCCUGCGCAGCUGGAGAGGCUGCUAUGGUAUGGAAUCUUUGCUGGGUCCACUGAAGCCCGUCUUUGACAGGUCUUUGCAUCAAGGUUUAUUGAUCGAUGUCGGCGCACAUUAUGGUCAAAGUAGCGCCGCAAUCCUCAAGGUCUUGGGGGAGGCCAGUAGCUACGAUUUGGAAUGCCAGCCACAGGAUUCUCUGCGGAUGAUGCUGUUUGAGCCCAACCCUCGAAACUGCAAAGUUUUGAGGAAACAGGUGCAGAAGUGGCAGCGCCCAGGCUUGGGCCUAAUUAUGGUUGAGGCCGCGGUGUCAAACCGUUUGGGGCGGCAGAUUCUGCAUGGCGUCACCCAAGGGGGCUCGCUGUCACGCAAGGUGAGCCUUUUGCGACGGCAUCCCAAUGCCACGCUUCAAACGGAAGUGGAUGUGGUGACGCUGGAUUGGUAUUUGCAAUGGGAAGACUUCGAGGGCGAGAUUUUCCUGUUGAAGAUCGAUGCUGAAGGCUUUGACCCUUUGGUGCUCAGAGGAGCCAAAGAAUUGCUGCGGAAGCACCGGGUCAGGUAUUUGAUCUUCGAAGUUGACAGAGUUUGGGCAUCCGCGGGCCACGGAAUACGACUCGACCAGACGGUCAAAGAGCUGUACCAACUGGGUUACCUUUGCUUCGUGCUCCAUCCCAAGGCCUUAGUUCCCAUCUACGCUUUCUGGUGGCAUCCCAGUUUCAACGAGAAUACCUGGACAAACGUGUUUUGCGCUUGUGAAUUUGACCCAGAACUCUUUGCCAUCUAUCUCUCCUAUACGGACCCUGCGCAACGUCCUGCAGUUUUGUAUGCUGCCGUGGAGUUGCAGCAAAGCAGCUUACCUCCGGCAAAGCCCUGGCGAAGAGUUGCAGAGCAUUGCCAGGAGAUGUGA